AUGGCCGACGUCUAUCGACCCUAUCAACGCGAGAGGUCUCGUUCUCCCCGUCGUCGUUCUCGUAGCCCUCGACGCAGCCGUCGCUCUUACUCUCCCCGCAGUCGCUCUCGCAGCCGUGACGACUAUCGCCGCUCCGACCGUCGUUCUCGUUCGCCUAUGAGUACGACCCAAGGCGCUCCCGGUGGUCAUUCUGCUUCUGGUUACGGUGGGCGCAGCAGCUACCCACCUCCCCCCCGUUCGUUCGAGGAUCGCGCCGUCGCCAAAGAACAAAUGAUGCAAGCCGUGCGCGAGUCGUCCCAGCAAGACCGUCGCGUCUAUGUGGGCAACCUCUCUUACGAUGUCAAGUGGCAUCAUCUGAAAGAUUUUAUGAGACAGGCUGGAGAAGUCAUCUUUGCCGAUGUCUUACUGCUUCCCAAUGGAAUGUCGAAGGGAUGCGGGAUUGUGGAAUACGCAACCAGGGAACAAGCGCAAAAUGCGGUAAACACCCUCAGCAACCAGAACUUGAUGGGAAGACUCGUCUACGUCCGUGAGGAUCGUGAGCCCGAGCCUCGUUUCACGGGAGGUCCCUCUCGUGGUGACUUCGGAGGUGGUGGUCGCGGCGGCUUCGGUGGCGGCUUCGGUGGCCCUGCCGGCGGCGGCGCUGGUGGCCGUCAGCUUUAUGUUUCGAAUCUUCCGUUUAAUGUUGGCUGGCAAGAUUUGAAGGAUCUUUUCCGCCAAGCUGCUCAGCAGGGCGCUGUGAUCCGUGCCGAUGUUCACACCGAUGCCACCGGCCGUCCCAAGGGCUCUGGUAUUGUCGCCUUCGAGUCCCCCGAGGAUGCCCGGAAUGCCAUUCAGCAGUUCAACGGAUACGACUGGCAAGGACGCCAGCUGGAGGUUCGUGAGGAUCGCUUCGCUGGUGCUGGACCUGGAUUCGGUGGCCGUGGUGGCUUCGGCGGUCGCGGUGGCUUUGGUGGUGGUUUCGGUGGCCGCGGUGGCUUUGGUGGCCGUGGCGGCUUCGGCGGAGGCUUCCGUGGUGGUUAUGGCGGUGCGCCCGGCGGUUUCGGUGGUGCUCCUGGUGGUUUCGAGGGUGUGCCCUCUGGUCCCCCUAACCCGUUCACCGAUUUCGCUACCUCCGGCGGCGACAAGAGCGCUGUCAUCUACGUGCGCAACCUGCCUUGGUCGACUUGCAACGAGGAUCUGGUGGAUCUGUUCUCGACUAUCGGCAAGGUUGAUCGUGCGGAGAUCCAGUACGAGCCCAAUGGUCGCUCCCGCGGCACCGGUGUGGUUCAGUUUGAUAGUACGGAGACUGCGGAGACAGCUAUCGCCAAGUUCACCGGCUACCAGUACGGCGGUCGUCCCCUGGGCAUUACGUUCGUCAAGUACAUGAACGCCGGCCCCGGGCCCGGUGAUGUUGCGAUGGACGGCACUGAGCCGACUGCUCCGAUCACGCAGGAUCAGAUCAUGUAA